UCAUUAUAGCAAAAAUGUCUACAGGGGGCGGGGCUACAUCACACUCGGAUUAUACAGUCUCUGCCAUUUCUUCUUGGAGAUAUGUGCAGUGAAAGAGCCUGAGAAAAGUGAGAAUUGAACAAGAGGAUCAUCUUUACUAGAAAGCACGUGAGGAAGAAACCUCAUUGAGCACUGAUGAUGGAUAAGGAUAGGAGUCUCAUAAAUGAGCGAAUAUUAAAUAUAACCCUGGAAAUCAUCUCUCUACUGACUGGGGAGAAUUACAAAGUAAUAAAGAAGACGUUAGGCGAGUGUGUGACAUCCAACAGCCAUCGCUGUGUGUCAGGUGGCUUGAGGAGGACCCAGAUCCCCAUCACAGUGCCUCCACCUCACUCACGGAUAAAUGAGAGACACAAUGACCAGAAGAUCCUGGAACUCACCCACAAGAUCAUUCAGCUGCUGACUGGAGAGGAUUGGAAAUAUUUAGAAGGAGACAAGAGUCUGUACAAGGACACGAGUUUGGAGAAUCGCUGGUCCCUUAUGUCACAGGAUGGACUCAGUAACAGAGAUUCCCCAGAGAGAUGUCCCCGUCCUCUUUAUUCACAGGAUUGUACAGAGGAGAAUCACAGGACCCCACAGGAGGAUCAGGGUGUUAAGGUAGAAGAUAUAGAGGAAGAAGAAGAGACAUAUGUAGAAUGUGAUCAGCAGAGUAAGGAGGAGGAAAUCCAUACAUAUAUCAGCACAUAUGGAUCCAGUAACAGAGAUACCCCAGAGAGAUGUCCCCGUCCUCUUUAUUCCCAGGACUGUACAGAGGAGAAUCACAGAACCCCACAGGAGGAUCAGGGUGAAGAACUGACUUAUAUUAAGGUAGAAGAGAUAGAGGGAGAAGAAGAAGAGACAUGUGUGCAGGGUGACCAGCAGUGUAAGGAGGAAAUCCCUACAGAUCUCAGCACAGAUGGAAGUAACGGAAGGAAUAUCUCAGAGGAACAUCUCUUAUCUCCAGAUUCGGAAAUAGAAGAUAACAAAAUCGAACGAGAUUCUCCAGGAGAAAACCGUAUUAUCCCAAUUAUACAUCCAGUACGCCAUAGUGCAGAUACGUCAUCUGAUCCCGCUUAUCACAUGGAAUGUUCUGAUAACUUAGAUACUGUUACACAAAGUACGGCUCUUAGAGUACCAGCAAUUGCUCCCUGUUCUAUAGAUGGUAAAUGUUUUAUACCGGACUCAAAGCUUAUUACCUAUCAGCCAGCUAAAGCCGGGGAGAAAUCAUUUCCAUGUUCUGAGUGUGGGAAAUGUUUUACACAGAAAUCAUAUCUUGUUCAACAUCAGAAAAUUCACACAGGUGAGAAGCCGUUUUCAUGCUCUGAGUGUGGGAAAUCUUUUACACACAAGUCAACACUUGUUACACAUGAGAGACUGCACACCGGUGAGAAACCAUUUUCAUGCUCAGAUUGUAGUAAAUGUUUUUCGCACAAAUCAGCUUUGGUUAUACAUCAGAGACUUCACACAGGUGAGAAACCAUUUCCAUGUUAUAAUUGCGGGAAGCGUUUUAUACACAAAUCACAUCUUGUUUCACAUCAAAGACUUCACACAGGCGAGAAGCCAUUUUCAUGUUCUGAGUGUGGGAAGCUUUUUACACACAAAUCAGCACUUGUUACACAUCAGCGCAAUCACACAGGAGAGAAGCCAUUUCCAUGUUCUGAGUGUGGGAAAUGUUUUACAGAGAAAUCAUCCCUUGUUUUACAUCAGAGACUUCACACAGGUGCAAAACCGUUUCAGUGUUCCGAGUGUGGAAAAUGUUUCACACAGAAAUCAGAUCUUGUUACACAUUUGAGAAUUCACACAGGUGAGAAGCCUUUUUGUUGUACCGAGUGUGGGAAAUGUUUUACACGGAAGUCAGUUCUUGUUACGCAUGAGAGACUUCACACAGGUGAAAAGCCAUUUUCCUGUUCGGAGUGUGGAAAAUGUUUUACACAUAAUUCAGCUCUAGUUAUACAUCAGAGAAGUCACACAGGAGAGAAGCCAUUUUCCUGUUCCGUUUGUGGGAAAUCUUUUACGUGGCAAUCAGGUCUGGUUAUACACCAGAAAAGUCACAGAGGUGUCAAGCCGUUUUCAUCUUCUGAUUCUGGGAAAUGACAGAAAUCAGAUCUU